CCCCCGGUGCUUGCAACCCCGCCGACCGACUCCCUCUCCCGGGCUGCACGCGGGGGCAGCAUGCUCCGCAGCCGGGCGCGGAGGUGAGGCCGGAGGUGGCGCUUGCACGCAGGGAAAACAGUUUGGUGCCCGGGCGGGGGGAAGCGGCAGAGACCCUCGGCAGGGCCCCCCACCCCCCCACCCCCGGGUGAAUGCACCAUCUCUCCUGUCCCAUCUUCCUCAGGCGGGUUGGGACUUGCAGAGCGAUCUAAGAAGCAGAGGAGGAAAAUAACAACAGAAUAACUGUAAGGGGAAGGAAUGACUAAUAAAGCCGACCCCGGGCAGAGAGGAGGGCUUUCAUGUUUAAGAGAUGCUAUUUGCUUUUUAGGUCACAGGCUGCAAAAACAGGCUUUGAUCCAAAGUGGGCGAAUAAUUUAUUGAGAAAGUUUGCAUGGUAGGGGAAAAAAAGGGAUGUUUGUUUGAUCUGGAACCCUCGGUUGUCCCAAGUGCUGCUGGCUGUUAUUUAGUGUGGCCAAGCAUUUGGUUCCCCAGCAAAUGCCUCACAGAGGGAAGUCCUCGCCCAGGCGGCAGCAGGCCUUGCAGUAAAUGUUGAUUUGGAAACUGUUUAGCCAAGGGUGUCCCCCAGCACUUUUGGAGAUGAAGUGUUUCAGGAUAGAGUAGUUUGGACUUGGGAUACUGCCCAUGUUUCCAGAAUGUUUUCCCUCCAGCAAGCUUUUCUUUCUCGCAAUAGCCUGGCUGAAUGGCCCAUGACUCUGGUCCCGGAGGCUGUCAGAAAUUUCUCCUUCGCCUGCAUUGACAAGUGAGAUGGAAGAAAAGAGGCGAAAAUACUCCAUCAGCAGUGACAACUCUGACACCACUGACAGUCACACCACAUCUGCAUCAAGAUGCUCCAAACUGCCCAGCAGCACCAAGGCGGGUUGGCCUCGGCAGAACGAGAAGAAGCCCUCAGAGGUGUUCCGGACAGACCUCAUCACCGCCAUGAAGAUCCCAGAUUCCUACCAGCUGAGCCCGGAUGACUACUACAUCCUGGCCGACCCUUGGCGACAGGAAUGGGAGAAAGGUGUGCAGGUACCUGCUGGAGCCGAAGCCAUUCCUGAACCUGUGGUGAGGCUCCUGCCGCCACUGGAAGGCCCCCAGGGUUCCCCUAGCUGCUCCGAACUUGGCAAGGGUUCCCAACCUGACUGGCCGGGAGGCAGCCGCUAUGACCUGGACGAGAUCGAUGCUUACUGGUUGGAGCUCAUCAACUCUGAGCUCAAGGAGAUGGAGCGGCCGGAGCUGGACGAGCUGACGCUAGAGCGGGUCCUGGAGGAGCUGGAGACGCUAUGUCACCAGAACAUGGAGCGGGCCAUCGAGACGCAAGAGGGGCUGGGUAUCGAAUAUGACGAGGACGUGGUCUGUGACGUGUGCCGCUCCCCCGAGGGUGAGGACGGCAACGAGAUGGUCUUCUGUGACAAAUGCAAUGUCUGCGUGCACCAGGCUUGUUACGGGAUCCUUAAGGUGCCCACAGGCAGCUGGCUAUGCCGAACGUGUGCCCUGGGUGUCCAGCCUAAGUGCCUGCUCUGCCCCAAGCGAGGAGGAGCGCUGAAGCCCACCAGAAGUGGAACCAAGUGGGUGCACGUGAGCUGUGCACUGUGGAUUCCUGAGGUCAGCAUCGGCUGCCCUGAGAAGAUGGAACCUAUCACCAAGAUCUCACACAUCCCGGCGAGCCGCUGGGCUCUGUCCUGCAGCCUCUGUAAGGAGUGCACGGGUACCUGCAUACAGUGCUCCAUGCCCUCCUGUGUCACAGCAUUCCAUGUCACAUGCGCCUUCGACCGAGGCUUGGAAAUGCGGACUAUAUUAGCCGACAAUGACGAGGUCAAGUUCAAGUCCUUCUGCCAGGAACACAGUGACGGGUGCCCCCGGGGGGAGCCCGUGUCAGAACCCAUGGAGCCCAGCUCGGCCAGCGAGGACCUGGAGAAGGUGACGCUGCGCAAACAGCGGCUGCAGCAGCUGGAAGAGGACUUCUACGAGCUGGUGGAGCCAGCCGAGGUGGCGGAGCGCUUGGACCUGGCGGAGGCGCUGGUGGACUUCAUCUACCAAUACUGGAAGCUGAAGAGGAAAGCCAACGCCAACCAGCCCCUGCUGACGCCCAAGACUGACGAGGUGGACAAUCUGGCCCAGCAGGAGCAGGACGUCCUGUACCGACGCCUGAAGCUCUUCACCCACCUGCGGCAGGACCUGGAGAGGGUUAGAAAUCUGUGCUACAUGGUGACAAGGCGCGAGAGAACGAAACACGCCAUCUGCAAACUCCAGGAGCAGAUUUUCCACCUGCAGAUGAAACUUAUUGAACAGGAUCUGUGUCGAGAGCGAUCUGGGAGGAGAGCCAAGGGUAAGAAGAGCGACUCCAAAAGGAAAGGCCACGAAGGCCCGAAGAGCAGUCCCGAGAAGAAAGAGAAAGUGAAGGCAGCUCCCGACUCUGUCCUGGGACAGCUGGGCCUAGCCACCUCCUUCCCCAUCGACGGCACCUUCUUUAACAGCUGGCUGGCGCAGUCCGUGCAGAUCACCGCUGAGAACAUGGCCAUGAGCGAGUGGUCGCUCAACAACGGGCACCCCGAGGACCCGGCCCCGGGACUGCUGUCAGAGGAGUUACUGCAGGACGAAGAGACGCUGCUGAGCUUCAUGCGGGAUCCCUCGCUGCGGCCCGGAGACCCCACCAGGAAGGCCCGCAGCCGCACUCGCCCGCCUUCCAAAAAGAAGACCACUCCAGAUGGGCCCGGGCCACAGACAGUGCCAGACAAGCCCCUCAAGAAACCUUGGGGUCAGGAGACUGGCAGUGGCAAGGGAGGGGGUCAGGGGCCACCCACCAGGAAACCACCCCGACGAACACCUUCCCACUUGUCUCCCAGCCCUGUCACUGGGGACUGCCCCCUCGCAGUCACCCCCAGGAGUCUCCCACUGGCCCCCGACACUCCGGAUAAGGCCUCCCCAGUGACCACCGACGCGAAUGUCCAAGUGCCUGGCCUGACCUCAUGCCCCAAGCCCUCAGGCCGUCUCCGGCCUCUCCGUGAGAGCAAAGGAACCCGGAGAUCGCCAGGGGCCAGGCCUGACUCUGGGACAGGACCACCCAUUGCAACUUCUGAGAGGCCCAAGGUCAGCCUGCACUUUGACACCGAAACUGACGGCUACUUCUCUGACGGGGAGAUGAGCGACUCAGACGCGGAGGCAGAGGACGGCGGGGUGCAGCGGGGCUCUCGGGAUGCAACGGAGGAGGUGGUCCGCAUGGGGGUUCUGGCCUCCUAAGUCAGCGUGGGCCCCUGUUCCGGACCCUGCUCUGGUCCAUUUCCCUUCCACCCUCCCCCACAAGGCCUCAGCCCAGUCACAACUGCCAUUUCUAAUCUUUGCUGAGUGUCCUAGACACCCCCAAGGCUACCACUCGACUGUGGUUUUAUUUUUAAUAGAGAGUUUUGAAUUCCACACUUGUCUUUUCUCUGUGCUGGCGUAGGACAUUAGGAUCCCUUGCACAGCUCUAGCUGUGAAGACCCAGCCAGCUCCCGAGCAGGGUCCCUGACUCAGCCACAUGGCCCCACCAGGUUCCUGGCUGGAUACAGGCGAGAAGAGCUCAGGACUCCAGCCCGCUGCUACCAGGAGACACGGACUGUCAAUUGGGCAUUAUUUCAUGGCAGAUGGGCCAGCCCAGGGCCUGCCCUGCCUCAUCCCCGAGUUCCACUGGGGUCCGUUUUGGGGGGUCUUGCUGCACUCCACUGAUCCCCAAGAAAGUAUAGUCAGUGACCCCCAGCCAGUCUACUCACUGUCACAAGCACAACGAGCUUAUCCGAGAAAGCACUGAGGGGGUGCAGAGGGCCUGGCCGCCGGUUUCAGCGGAACCACAGCGGUUCCUGAGAACCCACCGCACCAGAGGCCUGCCCGCCCACCCCAUGCCCCUCCACUCCCUUGCUGCUCUUCCCUGCCAGCGCCCAGCCUAGUGGCUCUGGGUCGGGGUUCCCAGAAUCCUCCCUGAACCGUGCCACUUACUCAGGGGACUCCAAAACAGCAGCUGCCUGGGCAGGCGGUGGCUGCAGAGGAGGGUCAGUGCCCAGACGGACGGGGACGCAGACUUGCUGGCUGCAGAGACCCCUAUGGGGCACCAACUUCCUUCCCGCAGGGCUAGACUAGGCCAAAGUCUGGUCACUCCCCCUGACGGCUGACCAGGCCAGACCGUUUGCCUUUCCAAGUUCCCCAGCCCUGCUAAGAGAUAAGCUUCUUCCUUGGUUUCCUUUUGGAAACAACUUCCAACAAGCAGUGGGAUCCCGGGGCCCAGGGUGGGCCAGCGUGAAGCCUCACUACAGGAUGGUUGUUCCUGGUUCCACUGUCCUUCCCAGCCUUAAUACCCCCACACCUGUUUUCCAGCUCCCUCCCCCCCCCAAUACCCCCAAUUCUGUGUCCUGCCUUCCCCGACCUCAACCCUCCAGGUUCCAGGUGGUUUGCUCGGAAGCGUUUGAGAGGAGUGGCCCCAGGGUGAUCGCUCAGGGAACAAACAAAAACAAAGGAAUUCAGUGAAAACGUGAUUUUUUUUUUUUUUUACAACUUAUUCCUGGGUCACUUUUGCCACUGGUAAAGCCAGAAUUUCCCCAACAAAGUUCAGUGAAUCAGUCGAAUCAUUCUACGGAUGCCAAAGAGUACUUUGACCAUAAAACAGCACAGACUGGACCUGACAACCCGUCACCGGGAUUUUUUUCUAAUGGCAUUCAUUAGCAGCAAGUGUAGACAACGCUCAUUGCACACAGGCUCUUGAAAGAAGACCCGCCUCGGCUGCGGAUGCCAAAUGCUGGAUUCCAGGUCCGAGCACGACCCACUCACCUUGCCGGACUGAGACUCAGAGGGGGCGGAGGACACCUGCAGCCCACACCCUGCAACCAGGCACAGCAACCCCUCAACACUCGCUCCAAGCUCCAAGUUCAGCAGGAGCAGAAAUGAAAAUGGCCUCGCCGAGGUCUCAGGGUGCGCUCCAGGACUGUGGGCAUAGUGUGGGGGACAGCGGGAGUCAUGGCUGUCACGUUGCUGGGCUGUAGUGGCCCCUAUGUGGUCAGUGCCGUCUCACCCCCACCCCAGUCUCUUUGUGGCCUGGGAUUUCCUUUUUGGGUUUGGGUCCUGUUUUGGUCUGUGUGGAUCGUGCUCCGACCACGCAGCAUGCCGGCCAGACUGCUGCAGGUGGGGUGGGGGUAGCCCGCACCGACCACUCAGGUCCCGUAGGCACAAGCCCUUGCCUGGGUCUUCUCCUUCCGGAGGCAUCUGGACUUCCUGGCAUGGGGACAGGAGCAAUCCCGGGGGUAACCUGAAAGGGGGUUGGUGAGGGACUAGGUAUGCCUCUGGCCUUGACCUUCCCGGUGGUCUCUACCUGUGAGCUAUAGCACCCACUUGUUGGACUGGCUGGUGACCCGGACCCAUUUCACUCCAGUCUGGUACCCAGAGCUACAGAAAGGUUGGGGUGUGGUUCCCCAUCACUGUGGCCUCCGCCCUGUCUAUUCCCAUUCCCAUUCUCCUGUCUACUGUCCCCAGGGCAGCUUUGCUGCCCCAAGGUUAGGAGGGAAAAUCAGAAAGGGAGGCAGAAGGCCUGCACGCCAGAGGCUGAGACCACCCUUUCCCCCUCCCUCACACACACUCACUGGCCCUCCUCUGAGAGGGAGAAGCUGCUCUGUAACUCAUUCCGGUCACCCCCAUUCUUCCACUCCCGGCCGCCUUCCCCCUCAUCACAGCAAGAAAGGAGAACACAGCAAAGUAUUUUUAUGGAUCGUAAGUGUAUUUUAAAGCAGAUAAGGAGAAGCAAAGGGAGAAAGGUUUAUUUUAUUAAAGGAACUGACUUGGUGACAGUGUGUAAGCAUUGGCAGUGCCAGCGGCUCCAUAUCCUUGUGGGAAUGCAGGGAGACUGGCAGACAAGGGACCUGCACAUGUGCCGGGACACAGUGACCGUGGGAGGGGACAGGCACGAUCGGACUUGACAGGCAAUUCCUGGAAACUCCAUUGCCUGAGUCCAACCAUCAGCCGCGGCUGGAAUUGGUGUUCCCUUGCUCACUGCCAAACGUGGCCCGCUUCUGCCCAUGCCCUCGCUCUGCAGAAUGGUCUGGAGCCAGGUCCUUGAGGAGGCCACAUCCUGUGGCCCUGACUUCGCUGGCCACAUUGGCCACAGCCAGGGCUGGAGUUUGGGACCUUUGGCCAUUCUUUCAGGCACUUCCUGCCGCCAUGUCCCUCAGAUGCACCACACUCUGCUCCACAUCAGCUCGGGGUGGGGUGGGUGAUAUGAAUGUCACAGGAGGAGACACCUUCUUCUGUCUUUGUUUCAAAGAAAGUGAUGUGCCAUUUGUUAAUAUACAAGAGAAAUAUUGAAAAUAUAUUGAAAAGAGCAAUUUUAAAUUAUUUUUGGCUUAUGUUGCAAUAUUUAUUUUCUUGUAUUAGAAAAGAUUCCUUUGUAGAGAAAAAAAUGUAUUUUUCAUUAACGCAAAGACCUAUUUCUCCUUUUUGUACAUUGUCCAUGUUCGCUGCCCUUGAUGAGCAAUAGAAUGUGCGGCCGCCGUGGUGCGGCCCAUGCCCGCUGUGCCCUGCAUGCUCUGUGUUGCUGCUGCUGCAUAGCUCCCAGCUUAUCCUGUCCUGCUCACUCAUGGGGGCCUCCUCCAGGGCCUGUGGCCCCAAGAGCCCCGCACUCCUCCUCGUGUGUUGGCAAACGCAGUUAAUAAAGCAAUGUUUUCUGUG